AAGAGACUUGCCGUCCCUCUAGCACUACAGCCCGCCCGCGACUCUCGCAUCUCUGCGCUGUGCGCUUGCAGCCAUCCUGUCAUCAUUCAUAUAACCUCCUCAUUUGAAAAUACACGCACUCUCAGGCCAGCACGAACACCAGGUAUCUGAAAUCGCGCAUUAACACUCAGCUCACAUCACUGUUCAAUCUGACUUCCAAGCUGCGGUCAGUCCGCAUCUCCGUUAAUAAUGGUCAACAUGCUGAUCGUCCCUGCACAGAAACGCCGAGAUGAUUCAUCGUUGUCCGCCGAGGGCAGCGUCUUGCAUCUAUCACGCACAUUGAUAUCAGGAAGCUGUGCAGAGGCGGGUGGGCUGAGCAGCUUGCGGACAUUUCGUGUGGUCAUGGCGAAUGCCAGCACUGUUCUUAGAUUCAACCGUUGCGUCGCCCUCUUGUACCAUCUGAACAGAGCGUUUUCUACGUUUUGGAAUGGCGCACCGUCGUUCAGGCCCGUUGAGAAGGCGUGCCCCGGAUGCAAGUUCAACCGCGAGCUACCGGUAGCGCGCGAUGGUACUUCGCAGACUCAGACCCAGACCGGUUCGGAGUCCUUUGACUCGGCGCCGCCGCUGAAUGGUGUCAUCGAGGGGCUAAGAAAUGGAGAGACCACGUUUGAGUAGCCGGCCCGUUUGGCAAGUGAGAUGGGCUGGUUGUGAGAUUGGUUGGGCCUUCCGUCGUUCACCUUCGCCGCGUACCUUGUCCUGAUCGCUCUGGCUCCCAUCUGCUGCCAUGCUCUCUAGACAUGUUUGACAUUGUUUGUUAAUCCGUAUGCUCGCUUUGGUGCUUGCGUGUAUCAUCCUUGAA